GAGUUGCAUGGGUUUUGUUGUGUGGAGUUGUGUGAGUCGUGAGUGGAUGUAAGUGGCAGAUAUCAAGAUUGUUAAUAAAAUAGGUGAAAUAAUUAUAUAUAUAAACAUUCAUCAUGAGUCGUUUCUUCGCAACUGGUACUGAUUCGGAGUCUGAUAGCUCGUCGGAAGAGGAGCAAGUACAACGCGCACCAGCAGCAGCUUUUACCUUCAGCGAUGAAGAAGAAGAGCAGAAGCGAGUUGUUCGCUCGACUAAAGAGAAGAGAUAUGAAGAGAUUACGAAUCUCAUUAAACUUAUUCGAAACUACAAAAAGAUCAAGGAUAUGAGUUGCAUGCUUACAAGUUUCGAAGAUUUGCAGCGGGCGUACCAAAAGGCACUGCCGGUCGUAAUGAAGGAAGAAAGUGGCCAAACGCCUCGUUUCUACGUACGAUGUUUGGUGGAAAUGGAAGACUUUAUCAACGAAGUCUGGGAAGAUCGCGAAGGACGUAAAAAUAUGUCUAAGAACAAUUCUAAGUCCCUGACCUCUUUGCGUCAGAAGCUUCGUAAAUAUAACAAAGAUUUCGAAGAGGACAUUGCUAAAUUCCGCGAAAAUCCUGACCAGGACGAUGAUGAAGAAGAUGAGAAAGCUGAAGAUGCUGAAGAGUCUGACGAUGAUGAAGAUCGUGCUGCUGCCUUCAAGAAGUCUAGCGUAGAACCUGUGCCAGAUGUUUCCAAAUUCAAGAAAGGUGCAACAGAUGGAGAUGAGGGAAGUGAAAGCGAUUCCGACUGGGGUAGUGAUUCAGACAGUGAUAGCACAAGCAGUGAUGACGAAGGCCAAUACCAGAACAUUCGUGAACGUUUCAUUAAAAAAACAACCGAUAAAGAAGGAGGAGACGAUGAAGAUAAAACAAAGAAGAAGGAGCAGAAACGAAAAGAUAAAGAUAGGAAAAAGAAGCGCGACGAGGAUGAUGGUGAAGGCGAGUGGGAAACAGUCAAAGGAGGAGUUGCGAUACCUUCGGAGAAGCCGAAAAUGUUCGCCAAGGACGCUGAAAUCAAUGUGCCUGCUGUUCUGAAGAAACUGACCGAAGUCCUUGCUUCUCGCGGUAAAAAGCGAACAGAUCGUCGCGAGCAAAUUGAACUUCUUCACGAACUUCAAUUGAUAUCAGACACACACAAUCUUGGACCAGCGGUCACUAUUAAAAUCAAAUUUUCAAUCGUCUCCUCAAUCUUCGAUUAUAAUCCUAAAGUUUCCGACGCCAUGAAACCGGAGUACUGGUCAAAAUUGCUUGAACGUAUCUCUGAAAUGUUGGACAUGAUACUAAACACACCAGAUUUGCUGAUCGCUGAAACAGUUUCUGAAGAAGAAGAAGAGUACGAGAAGCCACCCUACAAAAUGCAUGGAUGUGUUCUCACUUUGGUGGAGCGACUCGACGAGGAGUUUACGAAACUUUUGAAGGAAUGCGAUCCUCACAGCAAUGAAUACGUCGAAAGAUUGAAGGAUGAAAAGCAAGUCGCUUCAAUUAUAGACAAAGUGCAGGAGUAUCUUGAGAGGAAAGGAACCGUUUCCGAAAUUUGCAGAGUCAACAUGCGCAAAAUUGAGCAUCUUUAUUACAAAUUCGAUCCCACUGUUCUCAAGCAACAUGAUGGUGAGAUUCCCGCUGACGUUGUUACAUCCGUUCAAGUAAUGGAGAAGCUGUGCAAGUACGUCUAUGCUUAUGACGGAACCGACAGGCUCCGAACUCGUGCAAUUUUGUCGCACAUUUAUCACCACGCGUUACACGACAACUGGUUCCAAGCUAGAGAUCUUCAGCUGAUGUCUCAUUUACAAGAAACUAUCCAACAUUCCGAUCCAGCUACUCAGAUUUUGUACAAUCGUACAAUGGCUCACUUGGGACUUUGCGCUUUUCGUCACGCAAACAUCAAAGAGGCUCACAAUUGCCUGGUAGAUCUGAUGAUGACUGGAAAGGUCAAGGAACUUUUGGCUCAGGGUCUGUUGCCUCAGCGUCAACACGAGCGUAGCAAAGAACAGGAAAAGAUAGAAAAGCAAAGGCAAAUGCCCUUCCACAUGCACAUCAAUCUCGAACUGCUCGAAUGCGUUUAUCUUGUCUCUGCAAUGCUCAUCGAAAUCCCUUACAUGGCUGCUCACGAAUUCGAUGCGAGGAGAAGGAUGAUUUCAAAGACCUUCUAUCAGCAACUGAGGUCAAGCGAACGUCAAUCUUUAGUAGGUCCACCUGAGUCCAUGAGAGAACACGUGGUCGCAGCAGCCAAGGCUAUGCGAAAUGGAAACUGGGCUGGUUGUAACAACUAUAUUAUCAACGAGAAGAUGAACGCUAAAGUUUGGGAUUUGUUCUACCAAGCAGACAAAGUUCGCGCGAUGCUGACGAGGUUGAUCAAGGAAGAAGCACUCAGAACUUAUCUCUUUACUUAUUCACACGUUUACGAUUCGAUUGCGAUUCCCAGAUUGGCAGACAUGUUCCAACUAAAAAAAGCUCUUGUUCUUUCGACGAUCAGUAAAAUGAUCAUCAAUGAAGAACUUAUGGCAUCGCUAGACGACCCAACAGAAACUGUUGUGAUGCACCGCAGUGAACCUAGUCGUCUCCAAUCAUUGGCUCUUCAACUUACUGACAAGGUGAACAACUUGGUCGAUUCCAACGAGCGCAUCUUCGAAAUGAAACAAGGUAACUUCUUCUCGAGAGGUGGAAACCAAGGCAAUUUCCGCGACCGACAAAACUACAAUCGCCAAGGUCAAGAUUGGGGACGCCAAAGACGUGAUCGUGAUCGCAACCGUGAAGAGAAUCGUAAUUAUUGAUCGAAGCAUUGAACAUCAUAAGCUUCCUCGUAAGUUGUACUACGUUUUUAUAUCAAUGAAACAAAAAAAGUAUUAGGUCUAAUAUAAUAAAUGAUGUCAUUGUAUCCUAUAAA